AUGUUAAAGUUCCUUGGAGUUAUCAAGAAAUCAGGAACUAACGUAGUGGAAAAUGAUGCGAAACGACGUGAGCAGAAGGAGUUGGAUGAAUAUUUGGCCUUUCUUGCCUCACCAAUUGCAGCUACUAUUCAAAAAGAAUUGUUAAAAUUAGAAAACACAUGUAAUACAUCUAUACAUCCAUAUCCAUGUUCCUCCGAUACCGGGAUUGAAGGGGCGGUGUUAAUGUUUUUACAACACACAACGUUAUCACAACCAGAAUUACCAACACGACUGCUCGCACUAUUAUUACAACGAUUACGUCUUGCUUGUACCAAUUUUGAUGGAAUGGAGUUGGUACAUUUUUUGCAAAAUUCCAUCUCUUGUAUAUAUGUGUUAGUAACAACACAUAGAGGAAGAAAUGCGGCGAUUAUGUUGGAAUUAGGAUUGGAUGAACAUCUCUUAUUAAUUCUUCAAUUUGUGCGUUCACGACUGAUGAGUCGAACAACUGGGACUGGAGUUGGUAUGAAUUCUAUCCAUAGUAGUAUGGAUAAUCCAUCUAGGCAGGAAGGUGGUGAAACAGUUAAUGAAAGUGAAUCUAGUAGUAAUUAUUCUUCUGGUUUACAACUCUCUACUACACCACGUGGUACUGUCAUGAGUGUUCUUCGUGAUACUUUAAAACUUUUAAUGGCGUUGCAUGUGAAUUCAACACCAACAACAUCAAGUGCAACAGGAAUACCAAGAGAUCAGUUAGCAAAAGGAUUUACGUGUUAUCGAAAAGAUAAUACGACUUCUUCUUCUUCCUCAUCACAUGCAUUUCCUGUGAUGGGACCAUCAAUAGAGGUAGAGACUUCAAUAUCAGCAUCCAUAAUGAUAUCCACUAAAUCAUCAUCAUCAUUAUCUCAACAACAACAACAACAACAACAACAUCAGCAAACACAAUCAACACAAUCACAACAAGAUCAGGAACAAGAACAACCAUCUUCUUUCUUAUCAGAGUCUAUGAUUAUAACCAAAAAUAGUACUUUUCUUACAUCAGUAACACGUGAGACGAUGGUAACAGAGUGUGGUCAUUUAUUUUUGUAUUGUUCAAAGGGUGCACCAGACUUGGAUCUACCAGAGGAAAUGGAAGAACAAGAAAUGGUUACUGAAGUUCUUUCUUCACUUGCUCUUCUUAUACUAAAUUUAACCAUAGAACCUAAUGAACAAGUUGUUCAUGUUGCACUUGCUGGUACGGGUGUUCAACUCGCACGAUUUAUAGGUACAAAAGAAUUGAAAGAGAUGGAUUCAUUAUUACAACGAUUAUCAUGCAGUUUACUAAUUGUUAAUAAAUUUUUACGAGAAUAUCCUCAAUUAACUAUUACUGCUAUGGGAUCGGUUUACUUUUUUGAUAAUUUGGUAGAAGCAUUAAAAGUAUUAGGGAGAGAGUAUGAAUGUGCUCAUAAUGAUGAGGGAUAUAUUUUAGCACGAAAAGAGUGUAUGAAUGAAUUAGAAUCUAUUGCGGAUCUUAAUGCCUUUCGUAUGCGUGAUGUUUCUGAAAAUAUACUAUUACUCCCACGUCCUUCUUUUGGUCGAAUAGCCGACAAUGACAGUGCAGAUGAAUUUCUACACUGUUAUCUUGGUCUCUUAGUAACUCAACGUGAGAUACGGACAACAACAGAGGUGUUUAGUGACUCUGCAGUACGACGAUACUUUAAUGAAAUUGAAUUAAGUAUUAUAAAGGCAUUUCUUGAUACACCUAACGAUCUAACUACUUCAUCUUCUUCUUCUACUUCUUGUAUGUACGAUACAUUAAUGAAGUAUGCUAUCAUUUCUUUACCAGAUAAUGAUAAAGAUAUAUUAGGAUCGUAUGGAAAUAGUGUUUUAAAUACACUUAUUAAUGCAGGUUUAUAUCGCAUUCUUUUUUAUGAAAGUGCAUUUGCAACCUUUUUAAAAGAUCCAAGACUUCUAUACGCAUCCGUGUAUUUAGUACAUUAUAUGCUUACUCGUCCAACAUUAUCCAAAACAUCAUUAAUGGUGGAAGAAUCAUCAAAAUUACAAGAUUUAUCACCAGAGGAUGGUGUAGAUACUGAAGUUAGUGUUAUAUUAGACAUUUUAAUUACAGGAGAAGUAAAUAAUACUUCUUAUGAAAAUGCUAAUAUAUUAUCUCUUUUUUGUGCCAUAUUACUUUCUGCAGUUCAUGGUCCUAAAUCUAAUGCUAUUAUAAAUGCUAUUAUUCAAAAUAAUGGUAUAUCAAUGUUUGCCGCUAUAGCGAAUAAACUUAGUAUUUCAACUCUAAAUGAACGACGAUCAGGUGAUGUUAGAGAAUGGGUAACCUAUUUACUAACACAAUUACUUCAUAUACCAGAGGUACAACAAGGUGUAUUAGAAAGUCAAGCAGGUAUAGCUCUUUCUCUUCUUACAGUAAAAGAUAUAAGACAAGAUGCUGAAGUUAUGCUUAUCUCUUUACUUUCACACCGUUGCCCUGAAUUAGAGUACCCAAAACGAAUGAUGAUAUUAGUAAAAUAUAUUUGGGAUUCUAUUGGUAAAUGUGCACAAUUAGAAACUGGAGGAUCUGAUGUAGUAGCACCAAUAAAUGAAGAUGAUCAGGAUAAAUUUUUUUUAUCUAUUUUAUAUUGUAUUCGUGCUUCUAUUCAUGGUUUAGAAUCAGAUUCACUUUGUUGGGGUCCAGUACGACAGUUACAAAAUAUAUUUUGUAGUCUUUCAAGUACUACUCCACAUAUUUUUCUUCGUUUAAUGCAUCGUACUAUUUUACCAUGGCAUGGAGUAAAAACUUCAUAUGCUAUUUCAUGUAUUGUACGUACUAUUGCUAUGAUUGUAAAGGGAAAUCCUGCAUUACGUACACAACUUUUUAAAACGGUUAGUGCCGAAGAUUUAGUAGAGUGUUUUAGAAGUGAAUGGUUUGGUACACCUCAUGGAGGAGGAGGAGGAGGAGGAGGAUCAUGGUUACAGUUUCUUCGUUGUAUUCUUUCACUUGUGUAUGAAGAAGACUAUACUGAGGAGGAAUUGGAUACUUUCUCUAAGCAAAUGAAAUGUGUUACCUUUACAUAUUCUGAAAUGGAUGUGGAAGAGACUGUUAUACAAAAUCCUGAACUAUUAGUUCCACUUCUACGUAUGUUUACUAAAGUGAAUGAAUUUAAAGAAAAACACCGUGAUGCAUUAGAGUAUCUUCUUGCUCGUCUUUGUCGAACCAUAAAAAGUUCCCUUGCUUCUCUAUGGAUGGUGGCGAAUGCCGGUCUUUUUGGAUCCCUCACGGCCCUCAUUCCCAUUGUCUCUGGAACGGCUCUGCUGGAGAUGGUGUUGGAACUCAUCAUGACGAUUGCAAGCCACCACAUCAGUCUGCGGGAGACGAAGCAGUUUCUCAUCAGCAUCGCCCACACCCCCGGCGAGGAGGACCGCCGCCGCCUCAUUCCCCUCGUGGUGGAAGUCCUGCACGCCGCCUCACACGCCCGACUCACGCGGCGGGCGGAGCGGCGGGAUUUCAUCGCCUUCCGCGAGCGCAGCGGGGCGACGGGCCUGCGGGCGGUGCUGCCGGACUUCCCGCUGGACGGCUACACCGUCAGUCUGUGGCUCCGCCGCGAGCCCCGCCCCCUCCCGCAGGCCGUCUUCGCCCUCCACGGCCCCGACCGCCGCCCGGCCAUCGAACUCGCCAUCACGGAGGCCGGACUGCGAGUCAGCGCCGCCGCCGACACCAACAGACCCACACGCGAUGUGGAUAUCGUCUGUCACAUCCCUAUAGCCACGUGGGUGCACCUCGCCCUCAUUCAUCGUCCUCCUGCCUUUCCAUUCGCCGCCACAGAACUGCAGCUGUUUCUGGAUGGGGUAGAAGUGGCAGCCAUAAGGGGAAUUGCCUACCCAACACUUAUGCGAGGGUUCUUCUUUAUUGGUACACGAGGAGAGGCGGUGGAGCAGCGAUCCUAUAGUGGAACUUUUACAGGACAGAUGAGCGCCGUCUAUGUGUGGAGCCGAACGUUGGGUCAACGAGAAAUUACAGAACUUGUUACUCCACAACAAGUAUCAGAAGAGCAACAUCCAACCGCAUUAGGGGUACGUUAUAAUGCAGCACAUGUUUUAGUUUAUGUAGAUCCACGUUUUGGAGAACGAGGACAAUUACAUAAUUUAGCAGCACUCUUGCGAGGUAAACCUUCAGAGUGGCCUCUCAUUACAUAUGAGGGAACAUUAGCGUGUAAUACCAAUACUAUUAUGGAUUCUAUUUGUGUAUUGGGUGCACUGCAUACAGUGGUAGUACCGUUAUUAGUACUAUUGGUAAAUCCACAGUUACCCUUUCAGUUACGUGUACCACCGACAAAACGUAAAGUAGUAUCAGAUAUUACAUGUAAAGCUGUAGAUGACGUAUUAAAACUUGUUGAAUCUCUUCUUUUAAGUAAUAUAGUACGUGCCGAUUUAUUAGAAGUUGGACUUUUUCCUAUUAUUUCUCAUGUUUUACAACAAUUUAUGGAUUACCAAUGUACUAAUCUUCCACAACGACUCAGUAAUUUAUGUACCGCACUUCUUCCAGAUGGUGCUAUUUUUGAUGCAGCCUAUAGUGCACUUUUUCUUUCAAGAGAUCUUCUUCAUGCCUGUGCAGAGAAAACACAAUUAAUGCUCAUAAAAAUUCAAAAUGUUAUUUGUAGUACAAGUAAUGAGUUACAUAGACGUUUACGUGGUUUGGAUUUACCUAAUUUUAUUGUGAGUGAAAUUGUUUAUGAAUAUAAUAAGAAUUCUUCACAUGAUAGGGAAAUGCGAGAAGAAUUAUUUAGUCUUAUAGAAGCUGUUAUGCUAGAUCCUGUUACUAUGAAUGAUGCUGAUGCUAUUUUACGUCUUUUUACUAUUACUCUAGAAUCUGGAGAAACGUUUUUGUUAAUUGAAAUAUUGAAACAUAUUCGUCUUCUUAUUGCAACUAGAAGUUCUUUUCUUGCUUCUUUAUUAGGGAGACGAAAUUUUCCAUUAUUUCUUAUUCCAUUACUAAAUGAUACACGUGUUAUGGUUAGAAAUGAGACUCUUUUACUCUUUUGUUUACUUGUAAGUUGUUCUCGACGAACACAGGAAUUAUUAAACCCUACAUUGUUAAUAGCGCAUGAAGCUGUUCAUGUUGGGAGUGAUGUUUCCUUAUCAUGGUUACGAGAAAAACUUCAAACAUCAGUAAUGGAUUCUAAAUUAUAUGAAACUUUUCGUGCUGCUCUUACGGGUCGAUUUGAUGUUUCAUUAAAUGAAAGUAUUCCUUUAAGACAUAAUGAUAAAAUUGUAUUUGCCCCAGUUUUAACACCAUUAUUGCAAUUAAUGAAACGUUCUCAAGAUAAAGAAAUGAAGAGUAAAACUAUGUUUGAUAUUUCUACUCUAUUACAACAAGAUUCUGUUGCUUGGAGAACCAUUGUUUCUGUCCCUGGAUGGUAUGCAAGUAUUGUAGAUGUUUAUCUUUCAGAGGAAGAAUUACUGGAUGAUCAAAUUGGAAAUGAAUCCAAAUUUUUAAACAGUACAACUACUAUUUUUACAAGAGUUAUAUUUCAAGUUCUUCUUCAAGAAACAUAUGGAGCAUCCGAGUUAGAAUUAUUAGUAGCUUAUCUUAUUCAGAAACGGGCUCAUAUUCUUCUUAAUGCUGUAUUAUUAGGGGUUGUAAAGGAAUUUAUUGUAUUUAUUGCCAGUCGUAGUCGAUCUAUUUCAGGAACCAAUUUUGGUCUUGGUAGUCCAUUAGCGGCUUCUAAUUUUACAUCACUUUUAUUAUUAAUUGAAGAUGUCCUUUUUUACUCCGCUACUAUAUAUCAAGUGUAUGGAGUAACACGACAAUCGGAACCACAACGUAAACGCGGUUAUACAGAAAUGGAGGAAUUAGUACUUUCUAUUGAUGGACGUAAAAUGUUACAAAAACAAGAAGAAGAAAAAGAUAAAACACAAGAACAAGAAGAACAAGAACAACAACAAGGAUGUAAUUUGUUGCAACAACAAAGUAGUGAUGUGACAUUUGAGGGAACAUUAUUUUUAACAGGUGAUACAACUUGGCUUCGUUCUGCACCUGAUGGUGUUUGGAUGCAUGCCACACUUGCUGUGAGUACAAUGGAUCUUCUUACUAUUCAUAGUGCCAUACUAAACUCAAAUGGAAUGAGUAGUAGUAAUAGUAGUAGUGGAAGUGGAAGUGGUGGUAGUAUUGGUAUUGGUAUUGGUAGUGUUGGUGGAACAUCUGCAGAACUUCAUCAACAAGGAAGACGACUUCGAAAAGGAGGAUUUCAUCGUCUUUUUGUACGUUUAUUUCGUGUUGUUUGUAGUUUUACAUUACGGGAUCCAAUUCAGGUGGAUAAUAUUCUUCUUCUUGCCUCUCGUUGGGUACAAUUAGUAGAUAAUAUACCAGGAUCUUUUUUACUUUUGCGACGACAAUUAACAGAACAGAGAGAACAUUCACCUCUUUCUGGUUGUAUGAUUAUGAUUCUUAGUUUACAUGAACUUCUUGAUAGACGUUUACGUUUUUCUAUACAAGGGCCUUCUAUACGAUUUGAUGAUGCUAAUAUUGAAAUUCUUAAUCGUAUUCAUUUAUUAUGCGCUCUUCAAAAGAAGGGAUUUACGCAAAUGCAAUUUUUUAAUUCCGAUAUUCCUUCAGAUGAAACAGCUCCACAAAUGCGAAAGGGAACAUUAGAAUGGCUUUGUCAAACAAAUAGUAAACAUUCUAUUGGAGAAUUUGUAGAAGUUGCCUCUCGACAGGAUUAUGAUGUCUUUAUAAGUCAAUGUACUUUGGUAAUGGAACGAGAUCAGUUAACCGAUAAAGGUAUGGCAAGAUUUAUUGAACAAGAACAUAUUAAAACAGUAGAAAAAUUACAUCAAAUAAUUACAAAUCUUAAUGUAGCUCGUAAAACAAUGUUAGAUGCAUUGGAUCAACGUUUACAAUCUCUUGGAAAUGAAAAAGAAACCAUAAUAGCAUUAUCCGAUCGAUAUACCCCACAAGCGGCAAGAACUUUAGCCACAUUAACGUUUAAUAGUGUUUGGACUCGUUUUCUUGAACGUUGUAAAGGUACUAUUUGGGAUGUGGAUCCUGCAGGUCAACAUAGUACAAAUUAUGUUCGUCUUUUAGAAGUUGAACAGCAAUUACUAAUUCGUCGAAAAUUACAAUUUGAUUCUAAUGGGACGAAUCAUGCGAAUAUUACGCCAAUGGGUACUUUUUCUCCUACUGUUCAAGUACCAGUAAAACAACCUCUUCGUUUACGUGGUGGAGAAAAUGUUUUGCUUUCUACAGAAGAUAUACAAAAUGAUGAUGAAGAAGAUAGUAAUAGUAAUACUAAUACUAAUAAUACUCCUACUACUACUAAUAAUAAUAGUAAUAAUAAUAAUAAUAAUAUUCCAAUAAUGCCUACAACUUUAGAAGCCAAAUCCACUGUACAAUUUUCUAUGCCUUGUGAAGUUCCAUAUAUGAUGCAUUGUUGGAGUGCAACUUUAAUGAUACGAGAAAGUGAACUUUGUAUAUUUUUUGAUGAUGAAAAUAAAGCAUAUAAUCAACGAAUAGCCGAAGAUGCAGAAUCUUUACUAAUUAAACCACGUAGUAUUAUUUAUCCUUCUGGUCAUGCAACUUUAUUAGCACCAGGAAGAAGAUUUCGUAUGCGGCGAAGUGCAUUAGAAUUAUGGUUUCGUGAUGGACGAAGUGUAUUAAUUAAUUUCGCCUCUGUUUCAGAUAUGCGUGCGGCUGUCAGUAAUGUACGUACUGCUGCUGAAAGACAUAAAAUUCCGUAUAUUCCAUUAUGUGUAUUUCAAGAAAAUGCAAAGAAGGAAUCUCUUCUUUGGCGACGUAUGGAACAAUGGCGAGAUGGAGAUAUUUCUAACUUUGAAUAUCUUAUUUGGUUAAAUUUCUUUGGAGGUCGUACAGUAAAUGAUUUAACUCAAUAUCCUGUAUUUCCUUGGGUAAUAGCGGAUUACACCAGUGAACAUCUUAACUUGGAGGAUAGUACCACCUUUCGUGAUUUCACAUUACCUAUUGGGAUUUGUGGAGGAGCAAAUAGUCGUGCACGUGUUGAAAUGCGAUAUGAAGAGACGAAACAAAUGGGAGAUGUUCCUGCACAUUAUUUUACACAUUAUAGUUCUUCUGCAGUGGCAUUAUAUUAUAUGAUUCGAUUAGAACCAUAUACCACUUUACAAAUUAUUUUACAAGGAGGUCAUUUUGAUCAUGCAGAUCGUAUGUUUCAUUCCAUGGCAGCAUGUUGGUAUGGUGUGAAAACAAAUUCUCAAGAUGUACGAGAACUUGUACCUGAACUUUAUUAUUUACCAGAGUUAUGUAUGAAUACCAAUCAUGUUAACUAUGGUUAUAAACAAGAUGGAAGAGAAAUGGAUUCUCUUGAACUUCCACCAUGGGCACAUGGAGAUCCAUAUGAAUUUGUUUAUCGUAUGCGAGAGGCAUUAGAGUGUGAUUAUGUUUCAUCUAUGCUUCAUCAUUGGAUCGAUUUAAUAUUUGGAUAUAAACAACGAGGUAAAGAAGCUAUUGCGGCUCUUAAUGUUUUUAAUUGGCAUUCAUAUGAAGAAUUAGAUAAAAAUCGUGGUAAUGAUGUGGAUGAAAAACUUCUUAUUGAUUCUCUUGAUAAUAUUGGACAAACACCUAUUCAACUUUUUACCAAACAUCACGUUGAACGACGUCCACAAGAAAUAGCAGAUCCUAUAAAAUGUGCAUUUAAUGUUAGAUUAAUGGAUAUUUCACGUUUAUGUUCUCGAGUGGCUCGUGUGGCGGUACUUGGAUCGGAUCGUGUUCUUGUAGUUGCGGGAAGUGGAGCCGCUUUUCUUUUUAGACUUUCCAUUGCAACUAUUACAAAAAGAGCAGAACGUUUAAUAGAUCCUAUGAUUACGAAUACUAAUACUACCAAUACUAAUACUAUUACAGUUACAAAUUUGAAAACGACAGUAUUACCUAAUCUUCCUUCUACACCUGUAGCCAAUAGUAAUACUAAUACUACUACUACUACUACUACUACUACUACUACUACUACUAUGGAUACUUCUAUUACUCCUCCUAUUAAAGCUUCUGAGGAAUCUAUACCGGUAACAACAACGGUUUUAUCAUCUAAUCGUAUCUUUGCUGCUAAUACAGUACGUAAUCGACCAAGUUUUGAUAUGUCAGAAGAAUUUGAACGACGUAUACCACCUUUUCCACCUGGAGUAGUUCCAAGUAUUAAUAGUAAGAUGGGAGGACCUUGUGAAACUGAAAAUAUAGCUAUCCUUUGUUUUGAUAAUGAAGUAUUUGUAGCUCUUGGUGGUCUUUUUGAUAAUACAUUUGUAAUUCGUCCUUUAGAUUCAUCCUCUACAUUUUCAGAAGAACGUCUAAGUGCACAUCAUGGUCGUGUAGUUCGAAUAGCGGCAAGUUCAGAUAGUAAAUAUGUUGUGACGGGUGCGGAUGAUACGAUGUUUAUUGUGUGGAGUUGUCAUUUACAACAUGGUCGUGGUAAACUACGUGUGGAUUUACUCUUUACGGUGUAUGGCCAUGAAGAUAAUCCCACAGCGGUGGAUAUCAAUACAACAUUGGAUUUAGUUGCCACUGCCAGUAAAGAUGGUGUGUUAUUAUUACAUGGUCUUCGUAGUAGUAGAUUAGAACGUAGUUUACGACAUCCUAAACGGUUUGCAAUUGAUCGUGUGUUAAUUCAGGCAUCUUGUUAUUUACCAAAUAUAUUAUAUACCUCCAUGACAGAUAAUGUGAUUCAUCAAAUUAGUAUGAAUGGUGUGAUUAUGCGAUCGAUUGCAGUUUCUGGACGAAUAACAAGUUGGUGUACAACACCUAAACAAUAUAUUCUCAUCACCGCAACACCAUUUACAAAAUCUAAUACAACAGAAACCUGUAAAGGGGUGGUUCUCUUUUUACAUUCAUUUUAUCUCUAUCUUCUUCGAUCUAUUCCUUGCUCAUUAUUUAAUGUUGACAGUACCCUCUCUUGCUGUUCAAGUCACCCAUCAAAUCCUCAAGUUAUUGUUUGUGGAUCUACGGAAGGGUCACUUUCUCUUUUGCGUGUGGAACAGUAA